AGCGAGUCUUUCGUUCCCAAGCACGUUUCCUCUGAAAGUUGUAUUCAAAAAUAGUUUGGCUAUCUCAUAGGCCUGUCCACUCCUUCCAAUUUGAGAUCUUCCUCGUUGCAAUCCUAGACCUGUCAAAAUGGCCCGUACCACGCUCUCUUUCUAUACCGUUUGCUUCAUCCUAGCUCUCACGGGCUCUGCUUUGCCGGCCAAGCGCGCAGACCCUGCCUUGCCUUCCAGUGCGGUUGCCCCCAGCGGCAUGGCACAUGUUGCCUAUGAUGCUGUGAAGUCCACCACCCACGUGGCGCAGGAGAUCAACAAAGAAUUCUACGACGGUGACGAUGAUGAGACGCCGAAGCCCACGCCCGUCAAUGUCCGCCCUGUUCCCACACCGUCCAGCAGUGGGACAGCAACCGAGUCUCUGAAGGGCUUUUACAAAGCGCAAAGUGCAGAGAGAGUGCAUGGUUCCGAGGACCCCUCGUCCUCCCCCUCGCCCUCACCUGAGACGAAGACCGACACCGAGCCCGAGGAGCCUGAGGAAGAGACUCCAACAGAAGAUCAAAAGCAAAGCGAGCCUUCUCCCACUCCAACUCCCACAAAGAAGCAGUCCGGCAGCAGCUCUGCAACUCCAGCCACUCCUAGCCCCUCGGCUCAGAAAGACGACCCUAUCAAGAGUAUCCCUUUCCUCGGCCCUCUCCUGGGAAUUCUGUAAGUGAUGGACCAGGAAGUACUGUAUUGAGCCAAGG